AUGGAUCAUGGUAAUCAGUCUGCAGUGUCAGAAUUUGUGCUUCUGGGACUUUGUCAUACAUGGAACAUUCAGAUUAUACUCUUUGUGAUAUUUUUGAUGAUUUACAUAUUUAUCAUAUCUGGAAAUAUUGCCAUCAUGACCUUGGUCAUCACUGACUCCCACCUCCACUCCCCCAUGUACUUCUUUUUGGCCAACCUUUCUUUUGUUGACAUGUGGCUCUCCUCAAACACCACACCCAGGAUGAUCACAGACAUUCUCAGAGAAAAUAAGACAAUUUCCUUUGGAGGGUGCAUGUCCCAGAUCUUCUUUUCACACUUCAUUGCAGGACUUGAGAUGGUAAUACUGGUGAUAAUGGCCUACGAUCGCUAUGUAGCAAUCUGUAAACCACUCCGCUACUCCACUGUAAUGAACCUGCAAAAGUGCAUUGGGUUGGUGGUGACUGGCUGGACUGUUGGCUUUGUGCAUGCCAUGAGUCAAAUUAUUGUACUUGUACAGCUGCCCUUCUGUGGCCCCAGAGAAAUAGACAGUUUCUUCUGUGAUAGACCAUUGGUGAUCAAUCUUGCCUGCAUGGAUUCCUCUAACUUGAAAAUUUUAAUGAAUGUUGACUGUGGAGUUGUGGCUGUAACAUGUUUUAUUCUGCUCCUGAUAUCCUACACGUAUAUUCUUCUCAAUGUUCACCGAAGCUCUAAGACUGGAGCAUCCAAGGCCCUCUCUACCUGCACUGCCCACAUCACUGUGGUGGUGCUCUUCUUCGGACCCUGCCUCUUCAUCUAUGUGUGGCCACUCAACAUCACCUGGAUGGACAAAUUCCUGGCUGUGUUUUACUCAGUUAUCACACCGCUCUUGAAUCCAAUUAUUUAUACUCUGAGAAAUAAGGAGAUGAAAAAUGCUAUGAAGAGGUUCAGAAGAUACUACAUGGUUCCUAAGGGAAAUACUCCUUGCUGA